AUGUUCUGGGAAAGGCGGUGGCAGCCGGCGCAGGGGGCGCGCAGGCGCAGAGCGGCGGGCCUGGCGUCCGCGCGGUGGCGCGCGCGGAGCGCCUGCGCGAUGCGGCGGGGCGACGACGGCGGCGGCGGCGGUGGUAGCCGGGCCGGGCCGGAUGGCGCCUGCGUGCUGAGGCGGGACGCGGCCCGGCUGGCUGGCUCCGGCGGCGCCUGGGCGGGGGCCGCGGUGGCGGCAGCCGCGGCGGCAAGCGGCAGUUGCUCGUGCGCGGCGGCGGCGGCGGCGAGCCCUGCGGGCGGCGGGGCGCUGACGGCCGGGGGCGCGGCGGCGGCGGCGGCGGGCGGCGAGCGGGGGAAGAUGGCGGAGCUCGGUAAGAAGUAUUGCGUGUACUGCCUGGCCGAGGUGAGCCCGCUGCGCUUCCGCUGCACCGAGUGCCAGGACAUCGAGCUGUGCCCCGAGUGCUUCUCGGCCGGCGCCGAGAUCGGCCACCACCGCCGCUACCACGGCUACCAGCUGGUGGACGGCGGGCGCUUCACGCUCUGGGGGCCCGAGGCCGAGGGCGGCUGGACCAGCCGCGAGGAGCAGCUGCUGCUGGACGCCAUCGAGCAGUUCGGCUUCGGAAACUGGGAAGAUAUGGCUGCUCACGUUGGUGCUUCCCGGACUCCCCAAGAAGUGAUGGAACAUUACGUGAGCAUGUACAUCCACGGCAACCUGGGCAAAGCCUGCAUUCCUGACACAAUCCCCAACCGGGUGACAGACCACACCUGCCCCAGUGGAGGCCCCCUCUCGCCCAGCCUCACCACCCCGUUGCCUCCCCUGGACAUUUCCGUGGCCGAGCAGCAGCAGCUGGGCUACAUGCCCCUGCGGGACGACUAUGAGAUUGAGUAUGACCAGGAUGCCGAGACACUUAUCAGCGGGCUCUCGGUGAACUAUGACGACGACGACGUGGAGAUCGAGCUCAAGCGUGCCCACGUGGACAUGUAUGUGCGGAAGCUGAAGGAGCGACAGCGACGGAAAAACAUUGCCCGCGACUACAACCUGGUGCCAGCCUUUCUGGGGAAGGACAAGAAGGAAAAGGAGAAGAUGCUGAAGCGCAAGAUCACGAAGGAGGAGAAAGAGCUGCGCCUGAAGCUGAGGCCACUCUACCAGUUCAUGUCCUGUAAGGAGUUCGAUGACUUGUUUGAAAACAUGCACAAAGAAAAAAUGCUCCGAGCCAAAAUCAGAGAACUGCAGCGCUAUCGGCGGAAUGGAAUCACUAAGAUGGAGGAGUCGGCAGAGUAUGAGGCGGCACGCCACAAACGGGAGAAGAGGAAGGAGAACAAAAACCUAGCAGGUUCCAAACGGGGCAAGGAGGACGGUAAAGACGGAGAGUUCGCUGCCAUUGAGAACCUCCCGGGUUUCGAGCUCCUGUCAGACCGGGAGAAGGUGCUCUGCAGCUCUUUAAAUCUGAGUCCAGCCCGUUACGUAACUGUGAAAACUAUUAUAAUUAAAGAUCACCUCCAGAAACGACAAGGAAUCCCCUCCAAAAGUCGCCUUCCUAGUUAUUUGGACAAAGUCCUAAAGAAAAGAAUUUUGAAUUUCCUCACAGAGAGUGGCUGGAUAUCCAGGGACUCGUCCUGAGGCCGGAACAGCUCGGGAGCCACGGUGACCUGGGGGUGCUUCCCCCAUUGUUAACUCUUUUUUUAAACAAAUUGAGUUCUUUUUUUAAGAUAAAAGUUCUUUUCCUGGUCCUCUGAAAGCAGCAAUAGUAACAAUCUUAUGUUGGAUCAUGGGGGAAAGAAAUGUGUCUAUUUUAACUUAAUCCUUAAAGUAAUACUUAAAGAUGAUUGCCCUUUACCUGGUCGGUUUGGAGAGUAUUAUGAGAUUGGAUAAUUUACUUUUAUUUUGUGAGUGUUUUUUCCCUUUGGGUACAAAAACGAUUGUGCUAUGGGUAACAGAAGCAUGGUUUUCCGCUGGACUGCCAAGCCAUCAGCGCUUUCCUGGUGACACAGCUCUUCUCAGGCAGGGCUGCUGGAGGCUCCCCUUCUCUGAGCCCUUGUGAGCCCAGCUGACCCGGCAUGGCCCCGGGCACACAGCACUUUAUGUGGAGGCAGGUCAGGCACAGACUCCACUGUGUAGAAGGUGAAGAAAGUGGGGCCAGAGAACAACAGGAGGACAUUUCCAUGGAAACUUGAGGAAGAAUUUGUGGUUCAACAUAAUGACCAAAUCACUUUGCACUUAACUGUUGGCAGCAGCAGUCUGUGGUCCCCAGAUCCCCAAACUGAGCCUUGCUUCAUUCUGUUCUGGGUAAAGCCUGUAGAUUCACUUGGUAAGAGCAGUUCCCCACCCCACCCCACCCCCACCCCCGGGGCAGGCUCCUUCAGUGUGGCCAUGUCCCUUCUGAGCAGGAAAGCAAGCUAGUGGUAGGGACAGGCCUUCUGGGGGCUGGGGACUGCUGCUGUUCGUAUGUGCAGUGCGUUUGACUUGGAAGAGCCCAUUCAAGGCUGACAGUUCUGAAUUCACAGUUGCAAGCAAUCUUUUUGUGGAAAGUACAAGCGCACUCGUCAGUCACCAGGCCGGGGCAGUUCUGACCAGCGUCCUGAGCCUUGCUUCUAGCUUGCAUGCGGCUUCUGUAUGCUGUCCUGAAUCAGACUCCAAUGGCUUCUUCCCAGUCCUCUCAGUUUUUCUCUGGGGCUUUCUUUCAAGGAUGUACACGGUACCUUCUUCCUGAAACUUGAGGAAGUCAAUUUUGUCUUCCGGCUGCUCAGGGUUCUCCCGUCUAAGACCCUGCUUUAUGGAGAGUCUGUGGAGUGACAGGGUCCCCAGCACCCCCUUCUUCCAGGAGCUGUCUUGCCUCUCUUGCCCCCAUAGGUACCAAGAGACUGUUUACCUCCCACAGUGUUUGGGCUUGAAGUUACAUUAAAGUGAAGUUAUUUGAAAGAAAAAAAAAAAAAAACCUCAUCAUUUCCAAGGAUAACUUAAAUACUGUGCCUUUUCCUUUCUUUUUACAUCCUUCUCUCCCCUAGGGUAAAUUUUUCAGCAUUAAAUAAAACAGUUCAAAUAUAUUGUA